AUGAGGGGCCAGGCCGCCGCCCCAGGCCCUGUCUGGAUCCUCGCCCCACUCCUGCUGCUGCUGCUGCUGCUGGGGCGCCGAGCACGUGCGGCCAUUGGGGCAGAAGCGGGGCCCGGGGCCCAGCCGUGUGCCACACUAGUGCAGGGCAAGUUCUUUGGCUACUUCUCAGCGGCUGCCGUGUUCCCAGCCAAUGCCUCACGCUGCUCCUGGACCCUGCGCAACCCGGACCCACGGCGCUACACGCUCUACAUGAAGGUGGCCAAGGCACCCACGCCUUGCAGCGGCCCAGGCCGCGUCCACACCUACCAGUUCGAUUCCUUUCUGGAGUCCACACGCACCUACCUGGGCGUGGAGAGCUUCGACGAGGUGCUACGGCUGUGUGAUCCCUCUGCGCCCCUCGCCUUCCUGCAGGCCAGCAAGCAGUUCCUGCAGAUGCGCCGCCAGCUGCCUCCCCACGACCCUGACCUUGGCCUCAUGGGCGGGCCCCUGGGCCCCAGCGAUGACUUCUCAGUGGAGUACCUGGUUGUGGGCAACCGCAAUCCCAGCCGGGCCGCCUGCCAGAUGCUGUGCCGCUGGCUAGACGCCUGUCUGGCCGGCAGCCGCAGCUCACACCCCUGUGGCAUCAUGCAGACACCCUGUGCCUGCCUGGGCGGUGACACUGGUGACCCUGCCUCCGGCACCCUGGUCCCCCAUGGGGAUGUCUGUUUGAGAGACUCUGUAGCCGGAGGCCCUGAAAACUGCCUUACCAGCCUCACCCAGGACCGAGGGGGGCAUGGCACCGCAGGCGGCUGGAAGCUGUGGUCCCUGUGGGGCGAGUGCACGCGGGACUGCGGGGGAGGCCUGCAAACUCGGACCCGCACCUGCCUGCCCACACCGGGUGUGCAGGGAGGCAGCUGUGAGGGCGUCCUAGAGGAGGGCCGCCUGUGCAACCGCAAGGCCUGUGGCCCCGCUGGGCGCAGCAGUUCCCGGAGCCAGUCCCUGCGGUCCACAGAUGCCCGGCGGCGUGAGGAUCUGGGGGAUGAGCUGCAGCAUUUCGGGUUCCCAGCCCCCCAGACUGGUGACCCAGCAGCGGAAGAGUGGUCCCCGUGGAGCGUGUGCUCCAGCACCUGCGGCGAGGGCUGGCAGACCCGCACGCGCUUCUGCGUGUCCUCCUCUUACAGCACGCAGUGCAGUGGGCCCCUGCGUGAGCAGAGGCUGUGCAACAACUCGGCAGUAUGCCCAGUGCAUGGUGCCUGGGAUGAGUGGUCACCCUGGAGCCUCUGCUCCAGCACCUGUGGGCGUGGCUUUCGGGACCGCACACGCACCUGCAGGCCCCCGCAAUUUGGAGGCAACCCCUGUGAGGGUCCUGAAAAGCAAACCAAGUUCUGCAACAUUGCCUUGUGCCCUGGCAGAGCCAUGGACGGAAACUGGAAUGAGUGGUCGAGCUGGAGCGCCUGCUCGGCCAGCUGCUCCCAGGGCCGUCAGCAGCGGACACGCGAGUGCAACGGGCCUUCCUACGGGGGCGCUGAGUGCCAAGGCCACUGGGUGGAGACGCGAGACUGCUUCCUGCAGCAGUGCCCAGUGGACGGCAAGUGGCAAGCCUGGGCGUCCUGGGGCAGCUGCAGCGUCACAUGUGGGGGUGGCAGCCAGCGACGGGAACGUGUCUGCUCUGGGCCCUUCUUCGGAGGAGUGGCCUGCCAGGGUCCCCAAGAUGAGUAUCGGCAGUGCAGUACCCAGCGGUGUCCUGAGCCCCAUGAGAUCUGUGACGAGGACAACCUUGGGGCGGUGGUCUGGAAGGAGACCCCAGCGGGAGAGGUGGCUGCUGUCCGGUGUCCCCGCAAUGCCACAGGCCUCAUUCUGCGACGCUGUGAGCUGGACGAGGAAGGCAUUGCCUACUGGGAGACCCCCACGUAUAUCCGCUGUGUCUCCAUCGACUACCGAAACAUUCAGAUGAUGACCCGAGAGCAUCUGGCCAAGGCUCAGCGAGGGCUGCCUGGGGAGGGGGUCUCAGAGGUCAUCCAGACACUGGUGGAGAUCUCCCAGGAUGGGACAAGCUACAGCGGGGACCUGCUCUCCACCAUUGAUGUCCUAAGGAAUAUGACAGAGAUAUUCCGGAGGGCAUACUACAGCCCCACCCCGGGGGAUGUGCAGAACUUUGUCCAGAUCAUCAGCAACCUGCUGGCAGAGGAGAACCGGGACAAGUGGGAGGAGGCUCAGCUGAUGGGUCCCAAUGCCAGGGAGCUGUUCCGGCUGGUGGAGGACUUCGUGGAUGUCAUCGGCUUCCGUAUGAAGGACUUGAGGGAUGCAUACCAGGUGACAGACAACCUGGUCCUCAGCAUCCACAAGCUACCAGCCAGUGGAGCCACAGAUGUCAGCCUUCCCAUGAAGGGCUGGAGGGCCACAGGCGAUUGGGCCAGGGUGCCAGAGGACAGGGUCACUGUGUCCAAGAGUGUCUUCUCCACAGGGCUCCCAGAGGCUGAUGACUCGUCUGUGUUUGUGGUGGGCACUGUGCUCUACCGAAACCUUGGCAGCUUCCUGGCCCUGCAGAGGAACACGACUGUCCUGAACUCCAAGGUCAUCUCUGUGACUGUGAAGCCCCCUCCUCGCUCCCUGCGCACACCCUUGGAGAUUGAAUUUGCCCACAUGUACAAUGGCACCACCAACCAGACCUGUAUCCUGUGGGAUGAGACAGAUGUACCCUCCUCCGCCCCCCCGCAGCUCGGGCCCUGGUCGUGGCGCGGCUGCCGCACGGUGCCCCUCGACGCCCUCCGGACGCGCUGCCUCUGUGACCGACUCUCCACCUUCGCCAUCUUAGCCCAGCUCAGCGCCGACGCGACCAUGGAGAAGACAGCCCUGCCAUCUGUGACUCUCAUCGUGGGCUGCGGUGUGUCCUCACUCACUCUGCUCAUGUUGGUCAUCAUCUACGUGUCUGUGUGGAGGUACAUCCGCUCAGAGCGCUCUGUCAUCCUCAUCAACUUCUGCCUGUCCAUCAUCUCCUCCAAUGCCCUCAUCCUCAUCGGGCAGACCCAGACCCGCAACAAGGUGGUGUGCACGCUGGUGGCUGCUUUCCUGCACUUCUUCUUCCUGUCCUCCUUCUGCUGGGUGCUCACCGAGGCCUGGCAGUCCUACAUGGCCGUGACAGGCCGCCUCCGGAAACGUCUCAUCCGAAAACGCUUCCUCUGCCUCGGCUGGGGGCUCCCUGCGCUGGUCGUGGCCAUUUCCGUGGGAUUCACCAAGGCCAAAGGGUACAGCACCGUGAACUACUGCUGGCUCUCCCUGGAGGGGGGACUGCUCUACGCCUUCGUGGGACCAGCGGCUGCUGUUGUGCUGGUGAACAUGGUGAUCGGGAUCCUGGUGUUCAACAGGCUGGUGUCCAAAGACGGCAUCACGGACAAGAAGCUGAAGGAGCGGGCAGGGGCCUCCCUGUGGAGCUCCUGCGUGGUGCUGCCGCUGCUGGCGCUGACCUGGAUGUCGGCUGUGCUCGCUGUCACCGACCGCCGCUCCGCCCUCUUCCAGAUCCUCUUCGCCGUGUUUGACUCCCUGGAGGGCUUCGUCAUCGUGAUGGUGCACUGCGUCCUGCGCAGGGAGGUCCAAGAUGCUGUGAAAUGCCGUGUGGUCGAUCGGCAGGAGGAGGGCAACGGGGACUCCGGGGGCUCCUUCCAGAAUGGCCAUGCCCAGCUCAUGACUGACUUCGAGAAGGACGUGGAUCUGGCCUGUAGAUCAGUGCUGAACAAGGACAUUGCGGCCUGCCGUACUGCCACCAUAACCGGCACGCUGAAGCGGCCAUCACUGCCAGAGGAGGAGAAGCUGAAGCCAGCCCACAGCAAGGGGCCGCCCACCAACUUCAACAGCCUGCCUGCCAAUGUGUCCAAGCUGCACUUGCACGGCUCACCUCGCUACCCUGGCGGACCCCUCCCCGACUUCCCCAACCACUCGCUGACCCUCAAGAAGGACAAGGCACCCAAGUCCACCUUUGUUGGUGAUGGGGACAUCUUUAAGAAGCUGGACUCAGAGCUGAGCCGGGCCCAGGAGAAGGCUCUGGACACGAGCUACGUGAUCCUGCCUACAGCCACGGCCACACUGCGGCCCAAGCCCAAGGAAGAGCCCAAGUACAGUAUCAAUAUUGACCAGAUGCCCCAGACCCGCCUCAUCCACCUCAGCACGGCGCCUGAUGCUGGUGUGCCUGCCCGUAGCCCACCCUCCCGUGAGCCGCCCCCCGCCCAGCCUCCACCACCCCCACCACCCCCACCCCCGCCACCCCAGCAGCCCUUGCCCCCACCACCCACCCUGGAGCCCGCACCCCCCAGCCUAGGAGAGGCCGGGGAGCCGGCGGCCCAUGCAGGACCCAGCACGGGGGCCGGGACCAAGAACGAGAAUGUCUCCACCUUGUCCGUGAGCUCCCUGGAGCGGCGGAAAUCGCGGUAUGCAGAACUGGACUUUGAGAAGAUCAUGCACACGCGGAAGCGGCACCAGGACAUGUUCCAGGAUUUGAACCGGAAGCUGCAACACGCUGCGGAAAAGGACAAGGACACGCCCAGCCCCGACACCAAGCCAGAAAAACAGCAGACACCCAACAAGCGGCCCUGGGAGAGUCUCCGGAAAGCCCAUGGGACACCCACGUGGGUGAAAAAGGAGCUGGAGCCACUGCCACCGUCGCCACUGGAGCUGCGGAGUGUGGAGUGGGAAAAGUCGGGUGCCACAAUCCCGCUGGUGGGCCAGGACAUCAUUGACCUCCAGACCGAGGUCUGA